GCAUAUUCCUUGUAACUGAAAAAAGACAUGUCACCCUUAAGUUUGGCCUGUUAAUCGGCAAAAACCUUUUUUUCCAACCGGUUGCGACACAUCGAUGAAUAUGAACACACACGCUGAGAGCAUGAAGAAAACCAGUUUGACGCUAAACUCGUAAGUUUCACAGAUUUACAAGAAGAAACACCUCACUUUUGCUAACAAGCGAACGUUUGCUUUGCUUUUUUAUGCUUACUUCGCUUUCUUCCAGGUCUUCACGAGGAAUGACUAACUCGAUAUCAGGACUUCAUAAGGUCGGUUUGAGUUCGAGACACAAAUGGAGCUUCACGGGUUCACUAACCCGAAAAGGCUCCAUCCUGGCCGGCCGCAGGGGCAGCAAACUGAGCGUCCUGGAUGAUAGGAGUGAAGUUCCCAGAGCUGUUCAGGUGACAGAAGGAUGAGCAAAAGAUAUAGUCAGACUGAAAAAGUAGACACUCAAACUCAGAGAAGAGAGACAGUUUUUGGUGCAUUUGUAUUAUUUUGAUGUUGCAGCGAGUGAAGGUGCAAAUCUGAACUGUUUUGUGAAUUGUAGGGCAGGUAGCUCAAAGAUAUUUUAAUGAUUAAUUGUGUUUUUUCUUUAUAUCUUCAGUGAUUCCAAGUGAAUAAUUGUUUGAAAAGAAAUUCAAAAAGUUUAUAAGUAAGAGAAAAAUAAAAGUUGCAAUAUUUACAACAGCUCUCUGUUAAUGCAGAAAUUUCUGGUCUGUUUUAAGUAAAAAAUAUAAUAUUAUAUAAAAGUUCUGGCAGUUACUGACAUUAUCUUUGGUGGCGUGUGAGACAGUUGAAUAGAAAAUGUAUUCUUACUCAAACUUAAAACUCACUCAGUAAGGGUUAGGUCACCCACACAGCAUCCAAAAUCAUCAGCCUGCCCAUCACAGACCUCUCACACUUCAACAAUAUCUCCAUCACUCGCAUGGCCCGGACUAUCAGCACAGACUCAGACCACCCUCUCCACAGUCACUUCUGCCUGCUGCCCUCUGGCUGCAGGUUCAGGACUCUGCUCUCAGUAAGAGCUUUGUCCCUUCUGCCAUCGCUGCUCUGAACAGUCUGCAAAGCUAAUCCUGUACCUCAUCUGCAUGUGUGUUGUCCUGUGUGCCCCUCUGUCUGUAAUUAUGUGCCUUGUUGUCUAUCUAUCUAUCUAUCUGUCUGUCUGUCCGUCCAUCUAUCUAUCAUCUAUCUAUCUAUCUAUCUAUCUAUCUAUCUAUCUAUCUAUCUAUCUAUCUAUCUAUCUAUCUAUCUAUCUGGUUCAGGUUGUGGUUAUCUUCUUUGCAGGUCUUGAAUGAGGAUGGUAAUGACGUCACUCCUCUGCCCCUGCAUCAAGAGGAGCAAGGAGACAAGUUCAAACAGGGCACAUUCUUCCUGGAGGAAAUCUUCUCCAGCACGAGAUCUGACCACUUAAAAUCCACGUCAACCUUCAAUCUGCCCACUGCCAGGUACCUGAUGGUAACUUUCAUUCGUAUCCUCUGCUCAGACACAAUAUUCAACCCCACAAAUCUGAAACCCGCUACUCAUUAGCCUGUAGUCAAUACAGCCGUUGUCCAUUUUUCCAGUUCUUUUAUGGGUAGCAGCCCUACAUCCAGCAUGAGAGCUUCAAUGACUAAGGAGAGUGACGAUAGUGUACUCGACAUACCGACCCGACCUCCAGCUCCAUAUGGUGACUACUUAUUAAAUUUUUAAACCAUUCAUGGCCCGUAUAUUUAUCCGUAUCUGUGUCAUUCACUCUGAAUAUUGUUUGUGCUUUGUUUCCUCCAGAGGUGCCAAGAAAAAGAGAGACCGUGGAGCAGCAGCUGACUGAAGAGAUGCUGGAUGAGGUAAUAGAUGUUUUGCUCCAUGAGACGGACACUAUGACCCUGCUGGACAUACCCAACACUUUUGUUUCAGUGGAUGCUGAGGAGGCAGAAGCUGUUGAGUGAGUAAAAUUCUGAACUGAUUGUUAGUUUUGUUAAAUUUUGGGCAAGAUAAUAAACUCAGAAUAUUGAGCCUUACAGGACAAUUGUAAUAAAAAUUGUAGUAACAAUCAUGCCAAUAAAGCUUAUCAAAAUUGAAUUUGAAAAUUGAAAACAAAGUAUUGUAGUCGUAAUAAGCUGUUGUUUUUUGCAGAAAAGCAAACGUUCACUAUGCAGAGCUUUGCAAGAACAGAUUGGGCAACGAUAAAUAUGUAGACCGACCAUCACAGACAUUCAACGGAGCCCUUAAAACCAAACAGACCCAAAGUGUUGAGGUCGUGACUGUGGAUGAAGGUACGCUAAGCUGUGGUCAACUUCUCAAUGAGGUCGGCAGGUUAAUUUCUAUCAGCUUGUUCAAUCCUAAAGCUGUCAACGCUGCUGUUGUUGUCUCUUGCAGUGAAGCCUCAUCAAUGAAAUGAACAAAAAAAUAUGUCGUAAAACAUAAUGUAAUUAGGUUUAAAAGCUCAUACUUUUGUGUGCUAGAAUUACAAAUAGGUACAAUGUGUUGUUUCAGGUUUAUUAUAAAUCAGUUUCUUUAAGUUGAGAGUUGGCUGAAAAUCUGUCGCUUCCACAGGCACAAUGGCGACAACCUGGGAAAUCUACAACUCAUUCUGUGACAAAAAUGAAACAGCUGAGAGUGAAGGAGCCGAUUUUCUAGAAAGUGCGGUCAACACCAGCAGUGAUCAGGAGAGGAAAGAUGACAAAAGCAGCAGCAGCUGCACAACCACCACUGGUACCAACAUCUGGGAGAACACCGACUCUGUGAGCAGAAUGCUUGGGACAGCGGGUAAACAAAGCAGGCCUGUUUUUAGAUCUUUUUGCAUGUGGUCGUAUAAACUGCAGGACCUGAACUGAUGUACAGCUUUGAAAGUUUGUUUAUUUACUUCACAUCUGCAGGCAGUACUGUUAGCUCACUGAAUGAGAGGGAGUCAAACAGGAGCAGUGCAAACGCUGAACCCAGCACACAGCUGAUUCUGUCGGAGUCAUUCCAGCAAAGCUUAAUAGCGAUGGAGAGAUGUGUGGUGGCAAACCUCAUCCAAACCAAGCUGGCUGCUUAUAGAAAGCUUCCUAUACUAGAAGGUAAACUCUGAUGAUCCCCGCUUCCUUAUCCCACAAAACUGAAUGUGAGAGGCUAAUGUCCCAACUUUACAUUUGACAGACCCUGAGAGCACAGAGAGGCCUGAGGCCGAGGAGCAGAGUGAGGAGAGCUCCUUGUCUCCAACUGUGGAGCCUCUUUGGUCGCUCAGCUGUGAGCUGACCAGAGGAUGCAGUAUCACCUGCAUGGCCUUAAACAAGGAGAACCCGGUACCGUGCUAAAAACACACAAGAGCGACAAAAUGUAGCUUCAGCUUUACCCUAGCAUCUCUGUUAUGUUUUCUGUUAUUUUGGGUCUUUUCCAUUAACACUGAAGACAUCUAAACCUCCAUUUUUCAUGACGUUUUAUGGUAAUAGCGGCUAUAAUAGACAGUUUUUACUCUUCAAUAGUUGAUUCACAGCUCAUCUUUUGUAGUACUGGAAAAAAAUCUAACUCUAGUCUCUCUUUUUGUGCUCUGUACUCUCCGAAAGGAUCUCCUGUCUGUGGGCCACGGUGAUGACAACACUUCUCUUCUGAAACCAGGUUUUAUCUGCUCCUGGUCCCUGAUGCACCCCUCAGUAAGUUUUUCUUCCCUUUGUUCUAAAUUUCUUCUUCGCCAACAUUUGCCCCUGCCCUAUGUCAGCUUACUGAUCUGACCGAAACACAGUUGUUGCUGCUCUGUUUUCUGAGUAAACCGAGUUUCUUCAGUUAGACAUUGAACCCUAAAUUGUUCCUAAUGGUUUGGGACUGACAGUGAUCGUGAAAUAUGUGUCCCUGUGCAGAGGCCGGAGCGCAUCUUCCACUGUCACAGUGGUGUAACGUCGCUGGAUUUCUCUUCCAAAAACUCUGGCCAGCUGGCUGUGGGGAUGUAUGACGGCACUGUGGCCAUCUACAAUGUCACAACUCCGAACGGCAGGGCAUGUAUUGCCAGCAGCAGGUGAGGACUGUGUGAAAGACCUCAACUGACCCCUCUCAUAUUCAAACUUAAAUGUCUUUACUUGUUUUAUUGCAGUGCGUGUUCCAAAAGACACCGCUAUCCAGUGUGGCAGGUUAAGAAUAUCAAACAAGAGUUGAGUGAAAAAGAUGGAAUCAGUUUCGAAAACAUCGUCGCCGCAUCAAAUGAUCGCAGAGUCACCCAGUGGCUCCUCUGCGACAAUGUUCUUGACUGCAUGGGUAUGGUGUUUAUUUUUUCAAUAAUUAUAAUAAUUUAAUUUAAAAGAGAGAGAGAUGUCCUUCAAGCACUGGGUGGAUAUUUGGGUUAUAGUUGUUGAAAAGCAGAUAAGGGAUGUGUAGCAUGUUCCUUUUCCGGCAUUUACUGUUUACAAUUAAAUAUGACUAUUUAUUUUCAUCAUAGUAAAAUGAAAAGUGGACAACAUACAAAAACUUAAUACUACAGAUUAGGCCUGGACGAUAUAGAAAAAAAGCAUAUCGAUAAAAAAUAAAUCAUAUUGAUCGAUAUCGAUAAUUAUCGAUAUAAUUAUUAUAAUUAUUUAACAUAUAUUUUAAUUGCAGCCCUGGAUGUUUUAUGCUAUUGCUUAAUGACCUACUUUUAAUUUAGAACACACAAGCACUGAAUUCAAAUUCAAACCUUUAUUCAACCACCUUUUUUAUUUUACCACAACUGAAAGUUUUUUUAAAAAGAACUAAAAAAAAAAAGAAAUCAACUUAAGUGGCCUGAGUGACGUCAGUAAAUACUGACAAACAUAAAGACUAAAGUGACCAGAAAAUCUGAUAAAUAAAUACUUAAAUAGUCUUUUGAUGAAAAUAAACAAAACAAACAAAUAUAUAAAUAAACAGAAUAGCUUUAGGUGGGAAUAGCAUACUACCAGUUUUAACUUUGUGGGAAACUGCCCACAGCCUGGUGUCUGAACACUGAAAUAUUUCUCCCGGGGUCGGGAGAUUUAUUUUUUUUAAUUAUCAUGUGAUUGACUUAAUACACAAACUAAGCACGAGAAGCAGGACUCAUCCACGCCGGUGUUGUGUCGUAGAAUGCACCCCUGCCGAAUGCACCCCCUGCUAGUAGCCAUGAUCCACAUACUCGCGUCUUUGUAAAAUAUGAGGUCAUUUUCUUCCACUUUAAGAAGCUAAUGAGUGGAUGGGAUGCAGGGGUGCAUUCUACGGCACAACACCGGAACGUAUUUCCUCCGCACCCUUCUCACCUUUUCAACCCCUGACCCAUUUUCAUGCCUGAAGCGCUGUGUUUGAGAAAUACUUGCGGCCGGGCACUUCAUAUCGCGGGUCGAGAGUGGCUAGAAGCUGGUCGAAGCCAGGCUUUUCAACGGUAGUUAUUGGCAGUAUGUCCCUCGCUAUGGAGCAUGUCACUGCAUGGGUGAUGUCCUUAUGCCGCUCGGACGCUUUGUCGUAUUUUGGCAAGAAACCAAGUCCAGUUUGGUCUGCUUCACAUGCUUUGUGCUGGCAGCGGUUCCAGAGGAUUCCUCCUCCGACGACGACGUGGAGCCGCGGCGCGGCCGACACAGCUCGUACUCCUGCGGGUGCGAUCGGUUUAGAUGGUAAAACAAGUUGGUUGUGUUACCAGACUUGGUUUUUACUAAUUCUCUGCAAAUUUUGCAAACGACCGCUGUUCGCUUUUUGUCAGACUUCUAAAAACCAAAAACAUUGCCAUGCUGGUGAACUACUGAAACCUUUUUUCGGGACAAUGUCCUCCGCUUCUCCUUGCUGUAUCAUUUUUUCUAAUACACGUGCUGUCUGUUGUGGUUUGAUAGGGGCUGGGCUUGGUGCCGUAGCGUACCUGGGUCUGCGUUUGUGAUUGGUCGGGAGGAAGUAAUGACUGUAGUAAAAGCUACAUGAUAGGCUAUGAUGAAAAAGAAAGGGAAACUGUGUUUUUCUAUCGAACUUUUUAUCGACCCGUUUUUUUUCUAUCGCACCACACGUCUAUCGAUCGAUAUAUAUUGUUAUCGAAUUAUCGUCCAGCACUACUACAGAUACAAUAGUGAUGGGCACGGCAGUUCUUUUAGAUGCACUGAAUCACUCAAAUCAGUUCACUGAAAAGAUUUGUUCAAAAGAUUCGUUCACGGAAUCAUUCAGCGCUUGGCGGGAGGAGCCUGCGACUCCGACUUCCUGAACUGAUACACAGCUGAACGAUUCAGGAUUCAGUUCAGAUCAUAGACUGUAUAUAGAAUGGACAGCGUCUGCCUCCUCGCUGGAUGAAGCCACUACGAGAACAGCACCCUCUGUUGAUGGGCUGCAGUAUAGGUCAUAAAUCCCGCCCCCGCCAGCAAAGCUUAUGGAGCUGUGGACAAACUUUAGAAAUCAAUUACACAGAACACAAAUUUUUCUCCCCCUGCUUUCAAUGUUGACAUGUAGUUACUCUAAGACUGGUUUGUGCUCAAGUCCUCUUUUUUCUGUGAAGCUCCGUUGAUACAGCCGAUUGGCGUUCAGGGAUUACGUAGCUCACCCGGGGGAUACGCUGUUUGAGCCGCGCGUCAUCACAGCGACUCUCCCGCCGACUGCGCGCAAUGCUACUGCGCAGUGCUGGUUUCAGGAAAUUAAGAAAAAUCGCGGAAAUACAGAGAGCUUUUUGGCUUCAAAUCCGUAUACAGGCGGGAGGCGGAACCAAGUUGUCCGUAGUAUAAACAGUCUAUGGUUCAGAUCAUCGCUUCUGGGACUGGGAGACGCGAGUGUUGUGGCUGUGCUGCUUUGACAAACAGGUUUGUAAAAAUCAACUCGAGGUUUUAAGUGUACUGUCCAAUGGUAUGCUAUUUAUCUAUUCGGUAAAUUGGGCUCGGUGAGUGAUUCGUCCACUCAAUGUUUACCCCACAGUACAUUCAGUGAAGAAUUCGCACCGUUCCCUCACAAAUCGCCGCAGUGACAGAAUUAGACAGUCACGCAUUUCUCGAACUGUGGGUUUUAUACACUACUUGUUGCACACUGUGUCCUACUGUCUCCCUCUGUUGCUCCUAUCAAGAGCUUGCUACAGUCUCACUCUCUUCUCAUUACUGCCAGCCUAACAUUUUAAGUUUGUUUAAUUGGGAACUAAAUCUGUUAAAACCACCAGGAACAACGGCCACCAUGAAAGUGACAUAAAUGAUUCGAGAGAGUGUAGUUCACUGCGUGAUUCGUUAACCAAGUGAUUCAGGCGUCAGCGCGUGAAAAAAUAAAUGCCGCAAUAUCGCAGGACGGGAAAACGUCGCUGAUGUGAACGCUUGAAUUCUGUUUUUAUUCAUAUUUUACAAAGCAUCUCAGCUUUCAACAAAUGAUCCAAUUUAGUAAUUCAUCGUGAUUAUAUCUGUGUCUCUUCUGAAAACUGUCUGCAGAGCUCUUUUCGUUCAUAAGGCCUGGAGAAGAAAAGCCAGGGGGACUCGCUCUGCCUGCAGUGUCUUCUGUUAUGUGUAUCGACUUCCAUCCAACGGUGAGUAAACCACACAGAGUAGGUUACACUGAGCCUCGUCCUGCCUGUUUUUGUCGGUCAUGUAUUCCUCUGACUGUAACACAGUUUUUUCUCGCUCUGCAGAAUUCGAGGAUCUAUCUGGUCGGCACGUAUGAAGGGAACAUCCACAAGUGCUCCAUCUAUGACAAUCAGUCUUUUGUGAGCACUUAUAAAAAACACAAUGUAGGUCCUUUAUUAUCAAACUUUGACUCUGUGGGAAUGCAAAUAGCGGUGAAAUAAAUCGUAGAAAUACUGGAGCGAUUGAUCGCCACAGCAUAUCCAAUCGUGCUUUCUUUCAGGGCUCUGUGAACGACAUCCAGUGGUCUCCAUUUUGCCCUGAUGUGUUCCUGAGCUGCUCGUCUGACUGGAGCAUCCAGCUGUGGAGGCAGGACCUCCUCACCCCUGUGCUGAACUUCGAAUCCAAUAAGACAGCUGUGUGUACCGUCAGAUGGUCCCCACACUGGUCUACUGUAUUCGCAGCCAUUACAGGAGGACAGCUGGAGAUCUGGGACCUGAAUUCAAACAUGUGAGUCAGACCACACAGGGUGCCUCCAGCUCUGUCACAUUUGAUCUUUCUUUUCUGCUGCGGCGUAAAUUAACCCUGAAAACAAACAUCCUCUUUCAGCCUGAAACCCACCAUCGUGCAGCCAGCUCCACCUGGUGUGACCUUCACGUCUCUGCUGUUUACCAGAGAGACGGACUGUCUCUUGGUGGGGGACAGUGACGGACAAGUUACUGUCUACCAAAUCAAGAACCUCAACGUGGGAGAUGGCAAACAGGUAAUGCUGACAAAAGGCUAGGAGAUCUUUAACAUGCAGCCUGUCUCCAAAAUGCUGAGACUACAAAGACUACACUGUUACAGAGAUGCAAAAAUGAUUUAAAUCCCAUUUUUAGUGCUAAUUGAAAUUUCCUUUAAUGCUUUCUUUCAGGUCAACGAUUUGGAAAGCAUCAUUUCCUCUCGGAUUUCUAGGUAGCUCCAGUUUUCUUGUGAUAAUCUGUCAGUAACAGUAUUUCAUUUAAAUAUAAAAGGAGCUGUCGGUCAGUUAAAAAGAGAUAAAUGAACUGGAAAAGGAGUGUAGAGAAAUAAAGAAGUUUG